AACUGGGUUAAUAGUAGGUGAAGUAUUUACAUUUAAACACAGCUUAAUGAUCCUCAAACAUGUGUCACACCUUCUCGUGUGUGUCAACAUGACCGUGGGUUACGACACUGCAAGUUCAAGAAAUUGAAACAGAACAAAGCCUGGAAAAGUUAAGGUAUGUCUAUGCAGUUUGCCCUCACACAGAAUCCCAACAGUUUUAUUAACAGGAUAAUGACACAAAACCAAUAUUUUUUCAGAAUGGUUUGCAACUGUGCACUGCAGCUGUAAAGUCAAGUAAUGUAAGUAAGGACAUUUUAAUGUUGCCUUUAUUUAACCAGGGGUAACGACUAAUUGGUAUUAAAACAAUCUAUUUUUCUAGAGUAUCCUGGCCAAAAUAAAACAAAUUACAAAGUUAUUAGAUUACAAGAAAAAUGUUUUUUAAAUGCGUCCUGUGACACCAGCUCCCAAAGGUUCAGGUGAUUUUUACCACAAUCCGAGCCGAGUGAGCAGCAUACUUAAAAGUGAGAAAUUGAGUUUGAACCACAAGGUAUGGUACUCUUUGAGUGAAAGUCCCGAGUUGGCGUUGUCGACGUUUGACCUGUAAUACAAUUUUGCCGAGGCCUCUUCUGGCCCAGUUGCAAGAGCUAAAAGAAAAAACUUUGAUUCAGGAGGUAAACAGAAACAGGAGUCCAACUGCAUGCUUUCAUCUCACAUUUGGACAAAAAUACAAUUGAUUUCCAGCACUGAGAACUAUUGUUAAUGUGUUGCAUGUUUUAAUUAAAACAUGUUGACACCUUUAAGAUUUGCUCACAGUUUCAGUGUUAACAUUUUUUCAAUGUUUGGAAUUGACGUAUUGAUUUAAAAGUUGCUCAUGGAACUAAGAGAAAUCUCUGGCCGCUGUUCAAACUAAAAAUAAACAAAGUGAAAGUUUGGACUUUCACACAGACGAUACUGUUAUUUAAGCAUUCCUUUCCCGCAUUUUGCCCAACUUCCUCAUUACUUCAAUCAGAAACCAAGGUCUUUGUCUACUAGAUUUAGCUCUUCAAGUCACCUAAGGUAAUCGCGUGCCUGUUUAAAGAAAUAACAAAGACAUCUUUUCAUUUUUAUUUAACAAAAGGUGCACUGGAGAGUUUAAAUGAUCAAAACACAAUGUGUUCCCAGACGUGCUAACCCUUUUUCAUAGCAGAAUCCCCUGAAACCCGAUCUGUGUAAAUAAAGUGACCCUUGAGCUUUAUCAGCUCAAGCAUGACACCAGGAAGUUAGUGCACAUGGCUGAAGGUGAAUCACACAACAAUGGGCUUUAGAACUAAGCUAUGCUGGAGUUUCCCCCUGGGUGUUGAAGGAGACAGGAGGGAGUAGGAGGAGUGACAGAGAGAUGGAUGUUAAAACAGAGAUGAGACGCUGAAGGCUUGGAGUGAGCACUGAUGAGGACACUGUAACUAAAAGACUCAGCCAUGGAACAUCCCAACUGCACCGACGUGGACCAACUGAUAAAACGAUAUUACCUGCCUGUCUCCUACACCAUCAUCUUCAUCGUGGGCCUGAUGGGCAACAUAACCUCCAUUGGCAUUUACGUGACAAAGCUGCGUCCCUGGAAGAGCAACAGCAUCAUCAUGGUCAACCUGGCACUGACUGACCUCCUCUAUGUUCUCAGCAUGCCCUUCCUGGUCCACUACUACAGCAACGGGGAAUCGUGGACCCUCGGCGACUUCAUGUGCCGCUUUGUGCGCUUUGGCUUUCAUUUUAACCUGUAUGCAAGCAUCCUCUUCCUGACGUGUCUCGCCGUUUUCCGCUAUGUGGUGGUGAGCAAGCCUCUGAGGGCAGCGCAGGUGCAGCAAAAGUUUUGGGGUAUAAUUGCGUGUUCAGCCGUCUGGAUCAUCACCGCUGCCGAAAUCACUCCUAUGUUGACGAUAAUAUCAUUAGAGCAGCGCAACAACAAGACGUACUGCUUAGACUUUGCUAGCACCAUAGACGUUAGUAACAUGUUAAGUAUGUGGUAUGUCCGGCUGCUUACUGCCUUCGGAUUUCUACUCCCUCUAGUGGUGGUAUUCAUGUGUUACAUCGGUAUAGUGAAACAGUUGGCCAAAGGGCCUUACACAACCAGCCCGUGUCGGAUGCGAGCACGGCGCGUGACCGUGCUGAUCCUGGUGGUGUUUGUGUUGUGUUUCCUGCCGUAUCACAUCUUGCGUGUGUUGCGGAUAGAAACUCGAAGGAUGCCGUGCAUGGUGGAGCACAUAGUGCAUGCAGCGUAUAUUAUCUCCAGGCCUCUGGCUGGAUUCAACACCUUUUUCAACCUGGCUCUGUACACUCUUUCAGGUGAUAGGUUCAGGAUGGCCUUCAUCAGCACUUUUCACUGGGAACACUGUCUGACCAAGUUCAGGUUGCUGCUCCAAGCCGUCUUUAGAAAGGAACGCUGUGACAUGCCGGCCACAUGACUGGCAACUGUCCAACGCCUGACUUUUCUUUCUUUCAUCUGUAUUGGACAUAAUAUCGAUACAUUUUUUUAAUUUUUUUUAAGUUUAAGUUU